CUCAGAGUUUUGUUUUUGUCGACACAUUAUUCAAAGCAUUCAUUGAUUGAACACAAGUGUCGAACCCUUAAUAAUAGACUCAAUGAAUGAAUGAAUGAAUGAAUUAUUGAAUGAGUUGUCAAUUGUUGUCAAUUGUUGUCAAUUGUUGUCAAUUGUUGUGAUUCAUAGUCUUAACUCAUUUGACUGAUUGUUAUCUUGGGAUCAAUUGGUCCAGACUUUGCAAACAGCAAUUGUGAUUAAUCUGCCACUUGAGCCAAAUGUCUGGAGCUAAGCUACCGAAACGGCCGCCAAGAUUAGGGCCAAUCAAUGAUUCACCCCCUCCUCCUGUCACACCUCCCGAUAACUUAGACAAUAAGACUACAAUUCAUAUUAAUGACAAAGACAUAGACAUCGAUCCUGAGAUCAAUAUAGAGACUCUUCAAGAGUUAGGUCGCGGCGCUUACGGUAUCGUUGAAAGGGUUCGCCACAAACCAACCGGUUUUGAAAUGGCUGUCAAAAGAAUCAGUCAAAACAUAGUUCAAGAACAGAGACGUCUGUUGAUGGAUAUGAAUGUUUUGGUCAACUCUGCCGGUUGUCCUAACAUUGUUGAAUUUUACGGCGCUAUCUUUUCUGAAGGCGAUCUUUGGCUGUUUAUGGAGAUAAUGGACUCCUCUUUGGAUAAAUUUUAUCGAAAGGCAUACACAAGAGUUGACAUCCCGACCAACGAGAACGCCAUACCGGAGUCAAUAUUAGGAAAAAUCGGGUCGUGUAUAGUGAAAGCACUUCAAUAUCUGCACGGAAUCAAAAUUAUCCACAGAGACGUAAAGCCAUCAAAUAUUUUGAUUAGUCGUAACGGAUCAGUUAAGUUAUGCGAUUUCGGUAUAUCCGGACAUUUAGUCAAUUCGAUUGCACAGACAUUUGAAGCGGGAUGUAAACCAUAUAUGGCACCCGAAAGAAUAAAUCCAGACCCACAACGUCGGGGAUAUGAUAUCAGAUCCGAUGUUUGGAGUUUAGGUAUUUCAAUGUUAGAGUUAGCAAUUGGCAAAUAUCCAUUUCCUGAGUCUAAGAACCUCUUUGAACAAUUGAAGCGUAUUUGUCAAGACGAUCCUCCAAGACUACCACCUAAUAGGUUCUCCAAAGAUUUCGAGAGUUUUAUUGAACAAUGUCUUCAACGAGAUUAUGAAAUGAGACCCAAUUAUAACAAACUUAUAUUACACCCAUUUAUCACAGAAAAUGAGACGAAAGAUAUAUCGGAAUUUGUAAGCAAAAUAUUGGACUCAACUUAAUGUUAAUUGAAUUUUAUUGUAAUUUUAUGGCAUUCAACGCAAAGUUACAAAUUGAGUGCCUUUUUUAACCAGUUAUAUGCAAAGUGUGUUAUGUUUGACAUUAAAGUCUAUCAUUAUUCGCAUUAAUGAUUAGAUUUUGAUUUUUGUUUUUUAAUCAUUAGUUUAUUGAAAAACUUAAGUUUGCUUUUACUAUACAUAUUUCAUUAUACAGUAAAUCCAUGUUUUAUUCAAAUUAGUUUCAAAUCAUGUUUAAAUACAAAAUAAAAAUGUUAACCGAGUU